UGUCGCGUACGCGUCUCCCAGUACUCCGCGCGUUUACUCCGUUCCAUCGCGUUAAAAUAAGAACAAUAAAAUACUCCCGCCCCUACAAAAGACUUUUCAAACGGCCUAAAAGUGCGAAUGGCUCCGACGAAUGAGUGACAGUGCACCAUUGGAUUAGCAGAGAGGUAUCAACACUGUGGACAACAGAGGAAUUCGAUGAGAUGUUAAAACUCCACUGAUGGAUCACCACUGGACGCCCUCAUCUCCUAGAAUAGUUGACUGGUGCAGUCCCAAGGGUGUGAGUAGCCUGGAGGCAUCGCCUUCAGAAACCCCAUAAAUACGUACUGAAACAACGAAGAAGACCGAGAGCUUUGCAGCUUGCGAGGAACAAAAAUAAGUCACGAUGAUUUCAAGAUUACCCUUGGCGAUUGCCGCGACGGCGUUAACCGUGGUCUUCGUCGCCUCAGCCGGGCUGGAGGGGCCCAAUGUCUGCACUAGACAAGAAACAUACACCGUCACAGUCAACAUUUCCGAGCAAAAACCUUACAAAGUGAGACAGAACACCUGGUGCUUGAGCUUUCCACCCAGAUGCUCGACUUACCGUAUGGACUUUAAGACCGUUUACAAGACGCAGACCCUAACAAAACAAAGACCAGUGGACGAAUGUUGUAAAGGCUACGGGGAGACGCAGUUGGGUGACAAAUGUGUUCCAAUCUGCUCACAAGACUGUAAACACGGUUUGUGCGUUGCGCCAGACGAGUGUAAAUGUGAAACGGGUUACGGUGGCCCUGCGUGUGAUAUUAAGUGUCCCCUGGGCAAAUGGGGGCGCGAUUGCAGUGAGGACUGCACGUGUAUGAACGAUGCAGCCUGCGACCCCUUCGACGGAAAGUGUAGAUGUACCAAAGGAUGGACAGGGUCCAAUUGCGAUCAGAAAUGCUCACCUGAUCGCUAUGGACAGGACUGCGGGGAGGAGUGCAGGUGUCGGAAUGGUGGGAGCUGUCAUCAUGUGUCUGGAGAGUGUCAUUGUGCCCCGGGGUACACUGGGCCACUCUGCGAUGACCUUUGCCCCGAGGGAAAGCAUGGCGAGGAGUGCAAGACUGAGUGCAGGUGCCAGAAUGGAGGAUCUUGCUCACCUACUACUGGAAAAUGCUUCUGCACUCCUGGAUGGAUUGGGCCAGUUUGUGCUAACAGAUGUCCUGACGGUUUCUGGGGUAAACACUGUACCGAGGAAUGUAUGUGCUACAAUGGAGCAGCAUGCCAUCACGUUAAUGGCACGUGCAUAUGCAAGCCAGGGUUCCACGGUGAUCAGUGUUUCUAUAGUUGUCCGAAGGGGAAAUUUGGCAAUAAUUGCGAGAAAAAUUGUACUUGUGAGAAUGAAGCGGGUUGCAGACCCACCGAUGGGGCUUGUCUUUGUGGUCCUGGGUGGACAGGAGUGAAGUGCGAGAAGAGGGCUUGCAGAGAUGAGGCUUAUGGUCCCAACUGCACUAAAGCUUGUGAAUGUGAGAAAGAAAAUACCGAACUCUGCCAUCCCUGGACCGGUCAAUGCGUCUGCAAAGUGGGCUGGGACGGGGCUACCUGCUCUCGGCCUUGUUCAUUGUACUACUACGGCAAGGGAUGUGAGAAUCGCUGCAAUUGUAAAAACAAUGCCCAGUGUGAUCCAAUGAAUGGCACGUGUAUUUGUGCUGCUGGGUUCAGGGGUGAGGACUGCAGCGAGGUCUGUCCUAAGAAUACAUUUGGAGAGGACUGCGCGCAGAAGUGCUCCUGCAAGAAUGGAGCCUCGUGCUCACCUGAGAAUGGACGGUGUAACUGCACUGCAGGAUGGGAUGGUGUCCUGUGCGAUCGUCCCUGCGCCGAUGGUUCAUUCGGAAUAAACUGCGAGGGCAAAUGCCAGUGUCUUAACAAUGCCGCCUGUAAUCCCCAGAAUGGCACAUGCACGUGUGCGGCCGGCUACCAUGGUGAGCACUGUCAGGAGAGGUGCGGGAAGAGAUUAUUUGGCCACGAGUGCAACCAGGUCUGUGAUUGUGAGGAUGAGAACACUGUUGAGUGUGAUCCAGCCACGGGGCGGUGUAUCUGCAAGCCUGAGUGGCGAGGAGUAAGAUGCGAGACGAGAUGUCCGCCGGGUAUGUAUGGGGAUGACUGUGACACCAAAUGCAACUGCAUGAACAAUAGCUCGUGUGACCCCCAGACAGGAAGUUGCGUUUGUGCCAGGGGUUGGGAGGGCGCUGAUUGUUCUGAGCCGUGUAAACAUGGUUGGUACGGUGUCAGAUGUAACGAGAAGUGUCCCGAGAGGAUGCACGGAAAUAUGACGUGCGAUCAUGUCACGGGACAGUACGUCUGCAGACCGGGGUAUUUGGGACUCACCUGCGAACAUCCGUGCCCGCCGGAUCGGUAUGGAUUGAACUGUGCUAAUCGAUGUGAUUGUAAGAAUGACGGGGAGUGUCAUCAUGUCACAGGAAUCUGUCAGUGUCGCCCCGGAUGGAAAGGCGAACGUUGUCAAACACCUUGUCCCCAGGGUACCUUCGGUACAAACUGCACGCAACACUGCAAAUGUCAGAACGGAGGUAAAUGCAGAGCUAACGACGGUGUGUGCAGAUGUCCACCAGGUUUCACUGGUGCCAGGUGCACAGAAAUUUGCCCCGAAGGCUACUACGGGGACCACUGCAUGGAGCCCUGCGAAUGCAAGAACGACAACUUUAUCUGCCACCCUGCCCAGGGUUGCUCCUGCAAGCACGGAUACACAGGCCCCAACUGCGACGACGAGAUCUUCUCCAGAAAUGUCCAGGAAAAAUCAGAGGCUGGCUACGGCAGUGUCGUCUCGGGGAUAUGUGCAGCGAUUCUAGUAAUCGCUAUAACUCUAGCGGCUUGGAUGUACCACAGGCGUCGAGUGGCCAAUCUCAAGAUGGAGAUCGCCCAGGUGCAGUACAUAGCCGAGCCCGUGACUCCUCCAGACCGCAACCACUUCGACAAUCCUGUCUACUCGUAUCAAGGGACUCCCAAGACCGAGGAUGGAACGGCCACUCUCCUGAACAAUGGUCUGAUUCGAAAUAAUCUCGGAACGAAAAACGUCAACAGCGAACGAGCGAAAUUGGGUUUCUGUGGAGAUGAGGAUGAGGAGAGUUGCAAAGGAGCUUAUGGCAUUCAGUACGAUCACUCGGCAUCGUUGAAGAACAAGGAUGCAGACCUGGGAAAUCCCAAUGUCAAUGUUUACCACAGUAUUGAUGAGAUGGACUGCAAGAAAGCUGCUGAACAUCUUUAUGACGAGAUUAAACAGAACAAUGGGGAGAUGGAGUACGAUCAUCUGGAUUACACCAGACCUAUGAGUGCGUGGAAACCCCACUACCAGAGGAUGGCUAAUGGGUUUGGGCCUAGUAGGGAUGGCAGUGGGACUAGCAAGGCUAGUCAGAAUGAUACUGAUCAGGCGGGGGGUUGCUGAAGAUCAGUGCAGGGGCCUCAGUUGAGCAAUUGUGAAGGUGUGGAGAAAUUAUUGGACCUUUUUGAGCUUUCGGAAUUAAAGUGAAGUGAAAUUUUCUUUUUUUGGUGAGUGAGAUUGUUAUUGAACUUUUUGGGAGAUUUUAAAGUGAUAAAGGAGAUGAAUUUAAAAAUCAUUGAGGAUUAUAUUGGAAAUAUUCCUGGAAUUAGGUUUAGGGGAAAAUGUCAAUAAACCUUUUGUGAAAUGUUUUCCAAAAGGCUUCUCAUGAAUUUCUCUAAAUUCAAUAAGGCUGGAGAUUAUUUGUAAAAUAAUCUGAGUUUUUGGAUUUGAAGAGAGAAAGAAUGAAUUAUUAUUAUGCAUAAGCUCAAUGCAAAUAUGUUAGAAAUGAAGCGGGUUCACAGGAAAGUAUUGAUAGAUCACUCUGAACCCCUUCCUCUCUUAAAUAUUUGCCAAAGAAUCUCAAAUUUCGUUCCAAACUCAUCUCCUUUUCUCCACUAAUUGAAUAAGGAAACAAAUUGUUGUAUAGAUUUUUCGAAAAAAUCUAACAUCAUAAGAAUCAUGAAUAAUAUACAUUGAGUCGAUUGUAAGUUAUUGGAGGGAGAUAUUUCAACUACAAAAAAAUUUAAGCGAAAAUCUAAUCGGUUAAGCUAAUUCUUCAUUGCCAUUGAUCUCUAUCUUCUUCUUUUUUUACAAAAUUCUGUGCAAUUUCCAUUCAACUGAAGACUUUUAUAGUUUAUCGUUUAUCUGAAUGAAGAGAUCUUUCAUUGUAUAUACGUAAAAUAGAGGGCAGGGGAGAGAGCUGGUUCGAUUCCUCGGAGUCAAUUUUAUUCUUAAAGGAGAACAGCUAAAACAGUGUACAUAAAAAUCGAUCGAAUAAAUGGGGAGGUUCUGAACUCGAUUUUAAUUGUCGUAUCAAUGGGCUGAUGACUUUGUCCCAGAUUUUUCCAUUCCCCUCGGGGAGUUGAAUCAAUGACUGGAUGAAUUUAUACAGCUUCACUGCCUCGUGAACGUACUUUCUAUUCUAGUACAACUUGGCACUUUUAUUCUUUUUUAUAUUUACAGAUAUAGCAUAUAUUAUAUUAUGUGCAUGUAUAUCGAUUGUAUCUAGAUCUAAGAAACGUUGUAUUUUAUUCAGAUCUAUAUAAUGGUGAGAUGAGGAAAAACAAAAAGAAUUUUUAUUUCAUCGUUUUAUUUCAUUUUACAAUCAAUAAUUGAAUGAGUUUGAGACGAGAUAGCCAUUCAUGAAUUUGUGAAGAGUAAAAAAUCGACGAAAAUUAGUUUUUUAAUGUGAAAUGGCGGAUUGUUUACUUCACAGUAUUGUGAAGUGAGAAAGAAUGUGAUCAAAAGUUUUGAUUAUUCUUAAAUUAUCUUGGAAAAGAAAAAGUUUUUAAAAGAUGUUUUAUGUAGAAAAUUUUAUGAUUUUUUUAUGAACUCAAUAGUUUUUGAAAUAGCUUCAAAAUAGUCUGCCUAAAAGUUCAUGAAUUAUCUCAUUCUCCUGCAGAAAUGACUGUAAAGGAUUGUUUGCACGAUCAAAAUGUUUUCUUCUUUAUUGUUCAUUCAAUUAUUGAUAUAUUCGUCGUUACUGCGACUGUGUUUACCCUGUGAUAAGUCUGUAACGUCUCCAUAUCGUAGACUAAUAAUCCAUCAAGAGAAUUUUUUUUAACGUUAAAAGAAAAAAUGUAAUGUAUAAUCAACUGGGAAUGAAUAAAAAACGA